UCACUCACAUCGCAUAAAGGCAUUUCAGUUGUGCGUUUUAAAUUUAGGUUCCCUGGCAUCUGCGCAUGCGCCAGAACAUGUUCCGAAGGAGUGUGUCGUAUGUGAAGCAUAUGGCACAUUUAUUUAAUUGCAAGUAUUUGUGAUCUCUGGGGGACACUAUGCACCAACUUUCUUCAAAGUAAUACUUCAGCUGCGGCUCCCCUUCCAUGCAAAGAUGUGCAUCGCCGGGAUGAUGGUGAUAUUUACAGUCCAGAGAUGAAAAGACUAAGGCUUAUGUGAAGAUGUCGAUGGCACUUGCAAAAACAUGGGGUUUCAGACUGUUGCCGGUGGUGCUGUUCGUCAUCUCCUACUACUACUAUUCAUACUUUGUCUUCCAGGGUGCGGGAGUGACGGCAAAGUCUGUGGCUCUCAGCGUCAACCCAUGUGGAAGCAGCCGUUUGUCAAAGAAAUGGGUAGGACUUGACUUCAACAUCACCCGCAAUAGCACACUGUUUUUGAAACUGGAAGAUUACUUUUGGCAUGAAAGAUCAUCGCCUCUGUCGUUACCCUACGGCAUGAAGGGCAGUGAGUUCCUACUCCUUAAGGUCUUAGCAGUAACUGCCAGUUAUGAAAUGCCAGAGAGCAUCAGCAAGCUGGACUGCAGGACCUGCAUUGUUGUCGGUAAUGGAUACACGAUCAAAAACAGCUCAUUUGGAUCUAUUAUAGACACGUAUGAUGUUGUAAUCAGAUUGAACGACGCCCCCGUCAGGGGGUACGAGGCCGACGUGGGCAGUAAGACAACGCUGCGUCUCUUCUACCCCGAGUCGGCCUCCCACGAACCCGCCCUUCACAAUAACCCCGAUACCCUGAUGGUACUUGUUCCUUUCAAGCAGAACGACUUGCGAUGGCUCAAGGAGAUCCUCUACGACGAGAAGAGGGUGAGGAAAGGCUUCUGGAAGCCCCCCCCCCAGAUAUGGCAAGGCAAAAGCAGCCAUAUUCGCAUCCUGGAUCCUUACUUCUUAAAGGAGACAGCAAGCAAGCUGCUGAAGAUCCCCCUCCUGCCAAAGUGGAGUCAGAGAUCCAUCCACCCCACGACAGGGAUACUAGCUAUAUAUAUGGCGUUGAGCUACUGCGAUGUCGUUCACAUAACAGGCUUUGGGUAUCCCCUCUCCAAGAACCAGAAGCACCCAAUACACUACUACGGAUCGGACACAAUGACAGCCAUGAAGAAUUCCUACCACGAUCUGUCUCAUGAAGCCCAGGCACUAAAGAGGCUGGAGAAAUCUGGUGCUAUACAGUAUCUGCAGCCUCGCCCUUGACCACCCUGUGUCUACAUUCUGUAGCCUUUGUCUGGUACUCACGUCUGACUUUAUCAGACUGCAGAAGAUCAAAGAACCUACGUGGGAUUGUGGAGCUUGGAAAGCACUGCGAUGAGCCUCGUGUUCUGGUCAACAAAUCGUCCGAAGGAACAUUUCUGCAAUCGGACGCUUGCUUUCUUUUGAAUGAACGCCAAAGUCACAGUUCCAACUGUGGUCACCAGGGGGCAUUGUUAGGGAGGCCUACUCCAUUUGGAGUUGCUGUAAUACUGCACAGAAAGUCAGAGAAGGUGGGAAAAAAAAUAUUAAAUACAGCAAUGUUUGGGAAUAUAACAUCCAGAUGAUUUUAAAUGUGCUACUCGUGAUCAACAAAAUUGCUGUAAUUGUUUAAACACACAAUGCACUUAAGCUUUGAAUAUGAAUAAUAUUUUGCUUGAAUUUACUCAGUUCAGCACAGCAAUAAUAUAAAAUUGAUCAUGCAAUAUUUUUAUCAGAAGGAAGUACAAUGUCGAAAUCAUUGGCCUUAUGCUAGUUAAGGGUAUUACAGUUUAAAAAUUACACUUUGAAGUUACACUGAUUUUGGACAAUGUAUCUGGGGGCUGUGAAUUAUGAGACUGUGCAAUUUGUUCCUCCCAUAAGGUUAAACUAUAAUAGAAUUUAAUAAACAAGAAUGGCAGAAAUGUU